AUGUCCUCCACCGUAUUUGUCUCCGGGGCCACCGGCUACAUUGCCCAACAUCUUGUUCAGCAAUUGCUCGACAAGAACUACACCGUCAUCGGUUCUGUCAGAUCCGAAGCCAAGGGUGAAAACUUGAAGGCUCACUUCCCCAAGAACUUCGAAUACGUCGUCGUUCCAGACAUGGGCAAGGAAGGUGCCUUCGACGCCGCUUUGCAAAAAUACCCUGAAAUCUCUGCUUUUCUCCACACUGCAUCUCCUUACAACUUCAGCGACGAGGACGUCGAGAACAACCUCUUGAAGCCAGCUCUCGAGGGCACCAGAAACGCCUUGGCCUCUGCCAAGGCCUACGGUAAGAACGUCAAGAGAUUUAUUGUCACUUCGUCGUACGCUGCUCACUCGUGGACCCACUUGGUCGACAAGACCAUCCCAGAAGACAUCAGAGUCACUGAAGAGUCGUGGACCGAAAUCUCGUGGGAGCAGGCCAAGGCCAACGGUUUGGUUGCCUAUAUCGCCUCCAAGGCUAUUGCUGAGAAGGAGGUGUGGAGAUUCCAAAAGGAAGAAAACCCCAGCUUCGAUAUCGCAGCUGUCAACCCAACCUACGUGUUUGGCCCACACCUCUUCGACUCCGAGGUCAAGGCUCCUUUGAACGAGAGUACUGAGGCCGUUAACAGCUUCCUUAAGCUCAAGUCGGAAGACGACAUCUUCCAGUACAAGGGACUUUUCAUCGACGUCAGAGACGUGGCCACUGCCCACGUCGUGGCCUUGGAAAAGCCAGAGGCCAGCAACCAAAGAAUCAUUCUCAGUGCUGGUCCAUUCAGUCAGCAAGUGAUCCUCAACGAGGUGCACGAGAGCUUCCCAGAAUUGAAGCACUUGCCAAAGGGUGACCCAGCUUCUACUCCAAAGACCCUUGUUCGUGUCAUGCAUGGAGACUUGGACGACUCCAAGUCCAGAGAAAUCUUGGGUUUCGAGUUCAUUCCUUUCGACAAGUGUAUCAACGACUCCAUUGCCCAACUCAUCAGGACUGGCUUCCCAUAG